AUUCUGUUGUGUUCUUCGUUCCCUCCUCACUAACUCUUCUUCUCACUUCAAAUUUCACUAAUUUUCCCAUUGGGAGGUUGUAAAAUUCAAUGGAAAAUAUGAAUAUGGCGUUGAUUGCAUCCUCUUCUUCACCUCCAAAGCCUUAUCUUUUAGGACACACUAAUAAUAAUAAUCUUAUCUAUACUCUGAAAACACCUACCAAAAUCUUCACUUUUCCAACUUCUAGGAUUGCUCCUCGUCGUUCCAGAAUCUCCUACUUGGCCCACGCUACUCCUCCACGACGUCUCCCCCAAAUUGUUUUCAGAAAAUCUGGAGACGAAAGGUUUGCCAGCAUUUCUUCAAGUAAUCAGCAAACUUCUUCGGUUGGAGUCAACCCUUUUCCAACUGUGCCACCGCCGUCCUCUCAAAUAGGGUCACCGCUUUUCUGGAUUGGAGUAGGUGUUGGGCUCUCAGCACUUUUUACAUGGGUAGCUUCAAGCUUAAAGAAAUAUGCAAUGCAGCAAGCGUUCAAAACCAUGAUGGGCCAGAUGAAUACAAAAAAUAACCAAUUUGGCAAUGCCGCUUUUCCAUCUGGAUCCCCGUUCCCUUUUCCAACACCUCCAUCACAAGGCCCUGUCACAUCACCUCCUCCACCUUAUCAAAGCAAAGUUACAGUUGAUGUACCUGCAACAAAAGUUGAAUCCGCCCCGAUAACUGAUCCAGCAACCAAUGGAAAAAGUGAAACAGAAACUACAGUACCAAAGAAAUAUGCUUUUGUGGAUGUUUCUCCAGAAGAGAGCAUGCAGAAGAAUGUUUUUGAAGAUGUGGUAGAGCUAAGUUCAUCAGACAAUGCUCAGAUUCCCAAGGAUGUUUCUGACAAUGGAGCUGCAUCAAAGCAGGAUGCUAGUGCUUUUGGCAAUUAUCAGACAACUGGAAGAGCAGGUCCUGCCUUAUCUGUGGAUGCUUUGGAGAAAAUGAUGGAAGAUCCAACAGUGCAGAAGAUGGUUUAUCCAUACUUGCCUGAGGAAAUGAGGAACCCUGAGACAUUUAAAUGGAUGCUACAAAAUCCUCAAUACCGUCAACAACUGCAAGAUAUGCUAAAUAAUAUGGGUGGAAGUUCUGAAUGGGACAAUAGGAUGAUGGAUUCCUUGAAAAAUUUUGAUCUCAACAGUCGUGAGGUAAAGCAGCAAUUCGACCAGAUUGGGCUUACACCUGAAGAAGUGAUAUCCAAAAUAAUGGCCAAUCCUGAAGUUGCCAUGGCGUUCCAAAACCCUAGAGUUCAAGCAGCUAUAAUGGAUUGUUCACAAAACCCACUGAGCAUUGCAAAAUACCAAAAUGACAAGGAGGUCAUGGAUGUAUUCAACAAAAUUUCAGAACUCUUCCCCGGAGUGACUGGGUCACCUUGAUUUGGUUGUUCACUGAAGUUACUGUUCUCAGAGUAUAAUUUAUGUCAGAUGGUCGAGGUGACCCAAUAUUGGAGUAUAGACCGAACACAAAUCUUACAUCACUUGUUCUGGUUUUAGAAUGAACCAUAUCAAUGGGUUGUAUUCCAAACAUUCACCUUUUACUGUAUAAUCUAAAAGGUUCCAUUAGCUGUAGUUGAAUUUUAAUGCUUAUUUUGACAACUGGGUUUAUACCGAAAAUAACUGUAAAUGGUUUCUCUUUAUA